AGCCUCACGCAGACUCAAUGCCCUGACUCUGAGAGUCUCCUAUUUGUCUGCGUGCCAGUUGCCCGCUUGCUGAACCGAGUCUUCUGACUCUAGCCUCCAUCCAAAUUCUCUCUCAUUCUCCAGUUGCGGUCUCAUCUCCUUUCCCACCGUCAAACAUGUCCGGGCUACCAUCUGAUGAGGUCGCUGAAGACUAUAAAGGUUCUCUGGAAGACCUUGUGACAAACGACAGAUAUCAGAUCUCCAAUCUGACCUUGAUCGCAAAGGAGAAUAUUGAGCAUGCCGAAGCGAUUUCUCGCGUUCUGCAGAAUCACAUCAACCGAGCACCUCCUGCUCGCAAACUGCCGGCCUUAUAUGUAUUGGACUCGAUCGCCAAAAAUGUCGGGUCACCAUAUACAGUCUACUUUGGCCGAAACCUUCAUCAGAUCUAUAUGCUCGCGUACUCACAGGUUGACGGGAACGUCCGAAGGAAGCUGGAGGAAAUGAUGAAAACGUGGCGUGAGCCUGUCCCGGGUUCUCUCUCGACCACUCCGGUGUUUCCUCAUGCCGCCACCCAGACCAUCGUCGACAGUCUGAACAAGUUUCGGACUGCUGCACCAGGGGCCAACCGCUACGGAUCAACUGCAGUUCAGGGUGCUCCAGCCAGGAUAGCGGCCGCUCAGCCUUACCGCAACACUCCGACACCUCCUCAAAGUCUGCCACAAUUUGCUCCAGCUAUUCCUUCACACAUCAGAAGUCCCCAACCUCAGGUUGCGACCCCACAACAGUACCAGCCGACUCCACCUGUCUCUUAUAGUCAGCCAUACCCUCCUCAACCGACGCCAUAUUACCAACAGCCACAGAUCCCACACCCUUCCCACACGCCUCAAUAUCUCCCACCAACCCCUCAACCAAGGCCUGUCUCUGCCGCCGGAGUUGACGUGCAAAAGUUGCAUAUGGACAUUGACGACCUCACCACUGAUGCAAAGAUAGAAUGUGCGACGCACCCUAUGGACCAAGGUGCUCAAAGAAAGCUUGCCAGUCUCCAAACACUAAAGGAGAUACUUGAUAGUGGACAUGCGUCUGAGAAUGAUUUGAUUGACAUUCGCAACACGAUCAUGCAGAAGAUGGCGGAAAAGUUGGCCGCUGGUCGGCAACAAGCAACUAUGCCGCAGAAUACAGCCACCCCUGUCCAGAAUCCCUAUAUGCCUCCGCAGCCGUUAGCUCAAUCAACCACUGGCCCAGCGUCAGGCUCCAAUGCGUUGUUUAAUAGCACAAACUUGGCCGAAUUGCUACGUGCGACCGUCAACCAGCAGCCAGCCUCACAACAAUCGAGCUUUUAUCCACCCCCUCAACAUGGCAUGAAUACUCCUCAACCCGGUCCUAUGGCUCCUCCGAUGGGACCCGAAAACCCACUUCUUGCACAACUUCGGGCGUCUGGCCUGCUAUCUGGUGCGCCAACACCACCUCAAGGCCUCACACCACUUCCAACACUUUCAGCCUUCGGCACCGACACCGCAAUCGAGGUAACAUUGACGUCAGCGUCUAUAAAGAUUUCAAGACCACACUUGAUCGCGAACUUUCUCAAUGUGCGGCCAAACCAAUGCAGUACGUGCGGGAAGAGGUUUACAUCCGACGAGCUUGGCCGGGAAAAGAAGGCACGUCAUCUAGACUGGCAUUUCAAGACCAAGGCAAGAAUGCUGGAAGCUGAAAAACGUGGCCAAAAUCAAAGUUGGUAUGUUGAUGAGCGGGAAUGGAUCGCAAGCAAGGAAUACGAAGACGACGUUGGACCAGUAGACGCCAGUGGUGCGCCGGUCAAUGGCGCUGCGGCCGCCGCGAAGAAAAAGCCACAGGAUUUCGUCCGGGUGCCUGCGGAUCCUGUAUUACGAUCUAUGGCCUGUCCCAUCGAUCAAGAGCCAUUCAAGAGUGAAUGGAGUGAGGAAGUGCAAGACUUCAUCUGGAAAGAUGCUCUUCAGGUUGGAGGUCGGUACUAUCAUGCCAGCUGUUAUGCUGAGGUGACCAAGGGCCGAGAGAAAGAUGGAGUCUCCACCCCUGUUCCAGGAAUGGGAAGGAUAGCAACUCCUGACUCGGUCCUGGGGAAACGAAAAGCAGAGGUACGUUGA